AUGAAUGGGGCACAUGAACUACAUAAAAGACUUAAUAAUACUUGGGUGUUUUAUACCACCUUGGAGAAUGGCACCCCCUGGACUUCAACUAAUGAACCAGAUCAAUAUAAAGCCAUUGGCAAUUACAAUUGGAUGCUUUACCAACUUCUUCACAACACAACUACAUGGGAUGAUAUUCUCGAAACCUAUGAAGCACCAACCCCAGAAGACAUCUUAUGUUUGGUUGCUAUAUUAAAUAGCCAUGAUACACUACCUACAGGAAAAAACUUGACAUCAGCUGUUACCCAAUACUUAUCUAAUGCUACAGUUAUACUAGUUGUUGAUGGCCCGUCUGUGAAGCACUUCAUUAUAAGAUCGCGCACAUUAAUGAUCCCCAAAGAAAAGAAGAUGUUAUUGCGGAGUAUAAUGAUCAUCUGCAAGUCGCCAGGCUAG